UACUCCAAUAUCAUAGUUAAAUUAGCUAUUAUGAAGUUGCAAUGUACAAUAUGGGUCUUUUUAUUCAUACAACUUAUUUCUAAAAUCUUCCAAGCUCAAGCUAUCUUUCCCUUUACGGGACAUGAGGUUGGAUCGCAACCUCGUACGAGACAUUAUCAUCGACUUCCUCUAGGACUCAAUGCGGUUGGACCCGAGUCCAUAGCAUUCGAUUGCCAAGGUACGGGUCCAUACGUGGGAGUCUCUGAUGGUCGAAUACUCAAGUGGGAAGGACGUAGUUGGACUGUUUUUGCUAUAACCAAUUCAAACAGGUCUAAAUUGUGUGAUGGGACCAACAAUUCACCAAAUGAGCAAACUUGUGGCAGACCAUUAGGCCUAAAGUUCGAUAUGGUAACAUGUGAAUUGUAUAUUGUGGACUCUAGUUAUGGCUUGGUCAAGGUAAAUCGUAAUGGUGGUGUAGCUGUUUCACUUGCAACUAGUGCCGAGGAGAUUCCAUUCAAAUUUUUAAAUGACCUAGACAUAGACUCUGAGAAUGGAGUUGUUUAUUUUACCGAUACAAGUUCUACUUAUCAUCGAUGGGAAUAUCCGAUGGCAAUAGCCACAUUUGAACGGAGUGGAAGAUUGAUAAAAUAUGAUAUGAAGACGAAAGCCUUGACAGUUUUGCUGAGAGAUCUAUAUUUUGCAAAUGGGGUUGCAUUAAGCAAGAACAAGGAUUUUAUUCUAGUAACUGAAACAAGUGCUUGCCGUGUUCUAAAGUAUUGGCUCAAGGGUCCUAAAGCUGGAAUUAAUGAGAUUUUUCUCCAACUUACUGGGCUACCCGAUAAUAUCAAUAGAAAUAUCAAUGGAGAAUUUUGGAUUGCAAAAAAUCCAACUAAACCAAUUAGAGUUGAUGAGUCUGGAAUGAUAUUAGAAAGUUUGGAUACAUUUGAGAUAGCAGAUUCGAGUGAGGUUACAGAAAUCCAUGGUAAUCUAUGGAUCGCUUCUGUUAAUCAACCUUAUGUUAUAUACACUACAUGAUGAGUUGUGUUUUUAGGUGCAAACAUUGUAGUUUUGAAAUUUAUUUUCGUGUGUUAGUGUUAUCUUAUCUUGUAAGUUGUAAUUGCACGAAGUGAUUAUUGAAUACUAAAUUUUAUUCUGUUUUCAUG